CAACGCUAUCACCAUGCCAAGUCACACAUGCACACCUCACAUCACACGCACGGCCCUGCCGGCACUUUCCUCAAGCUGUGAUGCCGUCAGCCACCUUCUUUGAUCAAAGAUGCCUUGUUCGCUCAAGGAUGCACGUGUAGUGAACGACACCUACAUCAUUCACUUACGUACAGGCCGCUGAGGCAACGACAGUCGACCGAUCCAUCUCUUCUCCCUUUGCGUCAAUUGCCACAGCUUGAAAGUACAUGCAAUGCUCGCUUGCUGAACCAGGGACGUCGAUCCAGUGUUCAAACUGUGUCUUUGGCAUCUCCUCCAGCACCUCUGCCGGCUCGUCUGUGGCUCCAAUCAGUAUCCGCCAUUUGCUUACUUCAGUAGCCCCGUUCCAGCUGAAGUGCAAGCGAACCGUCUUGUCUGGAUUGUUGUUGUCCAGGAGAGCUGUGGGCUUCCAAGAGGGAAAUCCGUGCCAGUCCGCCUUCACGGCGCGAUAUGCACGACGUCCUGAGUGCAUUGUCAGUAGGGCUUGACUCUUUGCGUUGGUCUGCGUUUUGCACAGAGAAAUAUCCAAGGCGGGAUCCUGUCGGUUUCUUUUUUCACAUUGUUUGCUUGACCUCGAUGUAUAUAGGAUUGAAAUUUCCCCCCAACACACGACCUGGGCCGAUGACUCGAUUGCCAUUCGGCAAGCGCCGGUAGCUGCCCCAUGAAUGGGCCUUGACACCUAUUUCAUACGAGCCCACUAACGCUGCCACGGUUGGACGCCCCUGACGGUCAAACUCAAGCUUGUAGUCAACAGCACGGGAGCUGUUGUAAGAGGGAUAGUUGAUGGGGACCUGAUCAGGAUUCUGGCCAGCAUUGUCAAAAACGGUGAUUCGAUUGCCACCGAGAGCCCUUAUGUCGUGUUGUCCCAUGAAACUGCCAUUGGGAUCGUCGAUAAUUUUGAAGUUCCCACUUUCGCCUCCCAGCCGCCACUCAAUUUUGCCGGUAUCGCUGUAAUCCGAAAGGCAGUAUGAAUCCGAUCGAUGUAUAUGUGCUGUGCUACCUACACACUGACGUACCGGUUGAUCUUAAUUGCCUGUGAGAGCGCUCGCAGAGAGAGUAUGAUACCCUUGUCAUCUGUCUCCUCCAAAGAGUUAGCAUCUGAUACACACAAUACGCGUGAACGACGCAAACAUACACGGACAGAUUGAAUGUCAUUCACGUACGUCCUAGGUCCCAAAAGCCGCCUUUAUGCUUCUUCUGCUUUAUAUAUCUCCUAUGGGCAAUGAAAGAUGUCUCCCAGAAGGCACUCGGUAUGUGAUCCCAGGACCUCCACUCAAACACCACGUCACCUUCAAAGACCACAUACGAGUAUGUCUAUAGAGGACAUAUGCGGAAACUUACAAAUCAAGUGCCUAUAUUCUAUUUACUUGCCGGUGAGACCUCCUGUAUGACAAUGCCCACAGUCCAUGUUUCCUCACCACCAUCCUGCAGGUCCGGACGAAUUUUCGUGGUGUCCAGCGGCUGCAAGUCAUACCUGAGGGGCAAGAGGCGUGCUGGCUGAUAGUCUGUCAAGCUCAUCAUAUUUCUCAAGUCAGGACGGACUGACCCGAAGAGUAAGCCAUUGCCAUUCUUCGUGAGUUGAAAUUCGUGACUAUCGAUGCCCUGUCCGUGCUGCGCAGAGAACGAAGCCGUCUCCUUGUAAUCAGGGCCAACAACACGGAUAAACGGCCCUUCCCUACUGAAGACGAGCUGCCCCUGAGGCGUUGGUGAAAAGAGUAGAAAGCUGUUCUCCGUGGCGAAGACGGGAUCGCCCUCGGACGUCAUGAUGAUGCCAUUAUUGGGGCUACUCCAUAGGAAAACGUACCCAGGCGCUAACUGGGACAAGUCACCCGUCCGGGCUAUGUGCAUGCGAGGGUACACCUUCGGAAGUGUGCGAUAAGCAGAGUUGGGGGCAACGAACCUGCCGUCAGCAUCACAACUGAGGCCGUCAUUACAACGAAAGCCAUCAGUCUGUGUUUCCAACUCAUCCCAUGUCUCAUUCUUCGAGAUGCCAUCCAGCCAAUACAUGCCUGUGGCCUCGUUAAGCAAUUCCAAAGUCUCAGGGUCCGUUUGCCCCUUAUCCACUCGGGGUUGCGCCGCCUUGUGUCCGCUGUAGGUAUCCAGGUUUCUCCACGACAUCGUGAAAUUCCAUGCAGCAGCAGGCAGGAUAUCUCCCUCCGUCGUCUCUAUACCAGCCUUGACACUCACAAACACCCUCUCUCCAGGGGCGAAAAUAUCAAUUGGCUUGAAGAGCACAGUGCGUCCAUCAUCCAGUAGAAGCGCCUCUCCACUUGACCGGUCUCCCGACAGGUCCCCUGAAACUUCAAUCUUGUCAUGAAUCGUAUCCUCCCUAAUACCACCCUGCGACCUGAACCCGAUGGUUGUGAAGGGCGAGACGAGGACAGCGUUGGGGAGCGGGUGAGCAUAGACAAACGGGGUAUUUCUCCACAAGGUUGCCAAAUUAGGCGACAGCCCUGCGUCUUUGUGGAUCGUCGUGUCAUGGUCUCCCCUGAGUUUUCCUCCUCUCGCUUUGACUUCUUUUGCUGGGUCUAAUCCCAUCGCUUGCAGAGCAGGUAACAGCUGCUCGGUGUUGCGUCGAGCAGCCUCCGGGGCACUGAUUGCAGCAGCCUCCUCCAUAAGCCUCCAUGCGAACAAGAUGCAAACCAAAGCGAGGGAGAGGAGACCUCGGACCAUCCUCUCCUACGUGAGGUAGAUACAUGAACGGGCGACGUGUAUCAUUUUAUUUCACACGUCCUUCAAGUGUAUCUAAGUCACUGCCCGAAAGGCCUGCUACCUAAGCUGGCCUCCUGGCUGAUCUCCAAAGUCCUUUUAAGGCCCGCGGACACAGACACAGACACAAAACACGGAGUUACAACAGCACUGUCUGAGAGCAACUCAUGACCUGUCAGUACUCAGAUGUGAAGUUGCUCAUGACCUGUCAGUACUCAGAUUCACAUCCUACGAGCUACCACAAAGAUAUCUGCGUCACCGAUCCCAUGCACACGAGUGGAGAAGAGAAAUGCGCGUGAUUCGAACACCAAGAGAGUAGACAAACAGUACAGCACUUUUCACAGAGUCACAGCACCUAGCCUGUUCUCUUCUGCCUAUGGUCAUUGACCCAUUGAAGCUGGUCUUGCACCCCAUUCAAGGGGGAGGGGGCGACAUUGCAUUGUUCGCCUCACCACGUUCAGGAGACAGUUACAUUUUCUGACUGCGCCGUCUGUGCGGUCCCUUCACUCACUCUUAAAAUUAGUCAAUUCUCAGGUUCUCGAGGUGGGAGGGGCCCCCGAGUAAUGGAGGGGGUCGUACGAAGAGAAGAAAGAUGAUAGGCAGGAAGAUGAGUGCAUGGUGCGUAGGAUG